UAUGGGACGACCGAGUAGCGAUAGGCCAGAUACAGCCAGUCCGCUCUUGUGCCCGAGCGAAGUAGUCGCGUCUGAAUUCACAUCGCCAUGCCGGAUCUCAGACGAGUGUACCGUUUUUGCGACCAUGCCAUCACAGGCGUCAACUGGCGACCGACUCGCUUUGUCGACGAGGUGCACAGUUCACGUGUGUGUGGCCUCUGUCGCAUGAUUCCAAAGAGAACUGUGCUGUUGCCAUGUGACCACGCUCUUUGCCAUUCGUGCCACGCAGCCAGUCUCCAAGGCUGCGGUGGGCGGUGUCCCUUGGAUCAAGAGCCGUUCGAGGAAAGUGAAUGUACCAGUUGUGAUUUUCCUACAAGAAAAGCGGACGCCUUGAAGGUUCAUUGCUGGAACGAAGUGCACGGAUGCAAAUUCACAGGAGUCAUGAAGUUGAUGCUGCGACACUACGAGAACGAAUGCACAUUCCACGCCGUGGAGUGUUUGCGAUGCGGCGAGCAAGUCCUGCACAGGGAACUGUCAACACACUACGUGGCCGGAUGCAAUGCCGCUGUUUCAUCACCCCGCGCAGGAAACGCGUCCUCGGAUUCUCAAGCAUUGACCCUUCAAGACUGUACGGCUGCUUUCGAAGAACUCAAGAUGCUGUUGAGGGACGGCAGUCACGAGCAUCUGCUGCUUGCGAUUCAGAGUCAAAUGAAUGGGCUCAUUGAACAAAUCAGGCACCAGGAAUCCAAGUUGGCCGUGAUCACUCGCGCUGUCGCGGCACCUUCAGCGUCGGAGAUGGCUCAAGUCGAAGCUUCGAGUUCCCGGACCUCGUUGCAAGCGGGAACUUCUGAACAGAAUCCGACCGAGAAAGCAAGCACGUCGUCGACGUCCCGGUCCUGCUCAGAGGAGACGUUGAUGUCUCGACAGCUGGUACCCCUCGUGGACCUGCCGCGAGAAGUACUCCAAAGCAUGCGCAAAACAUCCUCGAAUGAUUAUCCUCAGCAUGUCGUUACUCAGAUCUUCCCGGGUGUUAGAUGCCAUUUAGAUUUAGCCAGGCCGUUGUCGACGACAGUUACAUGGACGGAAGUGCUUGGAAGCGUGAGAUAUGUUUUGUCCCUUUUCGAUGCGCGCACUAGUGUGACAUCUUAUGAAUGGAAGUUUGUUGAUGUCACAGUGUUGCACACGAGGGACGCGUACUUCACAGUUGAGGUUUACGAGCGUAAGUUUUGUACUUUUGUUCGAAUAAAGUUUCACGGGAGGGCAGGGGCCUCUAGGUGUCCGGCGCCUGCUUUCAGGGUCAAGAUGUACAGUCCGUUAGCACCGGACACUGUUCUAAUGAAUUCCGUUCAAGAACCAUGCGAUCGGAAACACUACAGAGACUCGUGGAUACAUUGUUGCCGCAGAUACACAGUGUGUGCUGAUGACCUGAUAAGGUUAGGUUUCCUAAGAAGCGGAACAAUCAAUUUCGAAAUCGAGCUCUGGCGUCAAUGAAACACGGGUGC